GAGUUCAUCCGAUUGUGAGCGAUGCCACAUCCGGUGUAAACCAUUUUAGCAGGACGCUAGCUGCCGAGCUAACAGAGUCUCUCUUUUUUUCCCUCAUAUCUGUUGCUUUUUUUGCUUCAUUUGUAGAGCGACCAGAACUGUAAGAUCUAAUAUAAUGGAUAGCGACUUGUCUGAUUUUGAACCUGUACCAGGACCUGAGACCAGUAGCAUGGAGGGGGAGAAUGCACCAGUUUACUGUAUCUGCCGGAAACCAGACAUCAACUGCUUCAUGAUUGGUUGUGAUAACUGCAAUGAAUGGUUCCAUGGCCACUGUAUCAACAUCACUGAGAAGAAAGCGAAGGCCAUCCGCGAAUGGUACUGCAUGAGGUGCAGAGAUGCAAGACCCUCAUUGGAAAUAAAGUACAGAUCAAAGAAAAACGACAGAAGAGAGAAGGAAUCUGAGCCUGAGAGAUCAGACAGAGGUUACAGCACCCCGAGUACCCCAGACUACAAGAGUGAGAGGAGGCGUGGAUCAAAAGUUAAGCGUUCAGUCCGAAUGUGUGGUGAGUGUGAGCCCUGCAGACGGACUGAGGAUUGUGCUCAGUGUGACUUCUGCAAGGACAUGAAGAAGUUUGGAGGCCCUAACAAAAUCAGACAGAAGUGCAGGUUCAGGCAAUGUGAGGUUCGAGCCCGGAAAAUGCUGCGUGUGAAGGAAGAGGAAUUAUCUCUGCGGGAAAGGAGGGACAAUUCCUACCACAGACGGAGACGGUAUUCGGACGACUACGACAGUGAGGCCGAUCUGUACCAGCAGUACAAGUCGGCAGGACUAGACGAUAACAUGGCAUGGGCCACUGAUGACGACGAAGAGCCGCCGUUCAGCCCCGUCAUGCGCAAGAAGGCAGUGAAGGUGAAGCACGUCAAGAGGCGGGAAAAGAAGUUUGACAAGAAAAAGGAGUCCCGUCGCCACAAACAGAAGCAGAAGCACAAAGACAAAACCAGGCAUAGUGACAAGGGGGAAUUGCGGGAUAACACUGGGCUGCGUCAGUGUCUGGGACCGACCUGUGUGGAGGUAGCAAGACCCAGCUCCAAAUACUGCUCUGAGGACUGUGGCAUGAAAUUAGCUGCCAACCGGAUCUACGAGAUCCUUCCACAGCGUAUCCAGCAGUGGCAGCAGAGUCCCUGCAUUGCCGAGGAGCAUGGGAAGAAGCAGCUGGAGCGCAUCCGCCGCGAACAGCAGAACGCCCGGAUGCGCCUCACGGAGAUGGAGCGACGCUUCCACGAACUGGAGGGCAUCAUUGCCAAGGCCAAGCAGCAGGCGGUUCAGCAGGACGAAGAUGUGAAUGAAGCUGACAGCGAAGACUCGGAUCUGCAGAUUUUCUGUGUGUCUUGUAGUCAUCCCAUCAGUCCAAAAGGGGCACUGAGACAUAUGGAGAGAUGUUACGCAAAGUAUGAGAGUCAGACCUCCUUUGGUUCCAUGUACCCUACAAGAAUAGAAGGAGCAACCAGACUCUUCUGUGACGUGUACAAUCCCCAGAGCAAGACGUAUUGUAAGAGGCUGCAAGUUUUGUGUCCGGAACAUUCCAGAGAUCCCAAGAUCCCAGUAGAUGAGGUGUGUGGUUGUCCUCUCGUGAAGAGUGUGUUUGAGCUGACGGGGGAUUACUGCAGAGUCUCCAAAAGAAAAUGUAACAGACAUUACAACUGGGAAAAGCUGAGGAGAGCUGAGGUGGACUUGGAGCGAGUCAGGGUGUGGUACAAGUUGGACGAGCUCUUCGAACAGGAGCGUAAUGUCAGGACUGCUAUGACCAACAGAGCUGGAUUGCUCGCUCUGAUGUUGCAUCAGACUAUUCAGCACGACCCCCUGACGACGGAUCUCCGUACCAACAAGGAUAGGUAGUUUACCUGUCGGGAUCCUUGUACAUAAAAUGAGAUGUGUUUCAUGUGUUUUAGGAUUUAAACUUAAAGAACAAUAACAACCCAUUUUCUAACUAGAUAAUUAUUUUAAAACCUUUGUAUAUUGAUUAACUUUGAGUGGUAAAUGGAUAUAUAUAUUUUUCCUGGCUGGUAGAUGAGCUGCUGCUGAAUGAAAAGUGCUGUUUGGUAUGAACACCCUGAAUAAACACCUUAAACUUG